UCAGGUAUGGCGCUGAUAAGUGUAUUUAUAGAUGAAUCCAUUCUUACGAACGGGACUAAAACAAAGGAGGCUUGCUAUGAUACUUCCUUUGACGAAACCUGUGGGGUACUUAAUGGAACACAUAGAACAGUUAGGGAUGUCGACUGGAAAGCACAUGACCCGAAAAAUGAUAAAUGGACUUCGUUCGGAUACUGUAACGGGCAAUUGAAAUGUGAGAUAAAAAGAUCACUUUUACCCAAUGGAAUCAAAGUUUUGAAAGUUGCGAAUGCCACCAUAACGCUACAAGUAUCAUCAAAGACCAACAAAGACGGUCAGAGCCGGUUACGCUGUAGAGUUGAUUUAGAGGGUCACACAUCCUCGCCUCACGAAGUGAUUAUCAAAUUUGUUUAUUGCAUUAUGCCCACUACACCGUCCAUUCUACGAACAAUUAAUUCCAGUCCGGGCUCCUCCUACUCGGGGGCUGGUAAAUCUUCAUCUGAGAGCUUUGACGGAUAUCCAACCACGAGCAUUGUGGGAUCUCCAUCCAAGAACGCUACAGGAUCUUCAACUCAGUGCAUUGUCCGUAUAAUAGUUACCACUUUCCAUGCAAUUUUGGUUCCUGUAACCUUAAUUUGGUAG